UAGCUCAACUCUCCCUCUUACUAUAGCAAGUUAGCAACAUACUAGAAUUCUCUAAACACAAACAAAGAACAAAAAUGGCAGCACAAGGAACAUGCCUUAAUCACGUCUCCCGAGAAUCCUCUGAUAUCAAUCGCCUUGCCCAAUUUUACAUUGAGAUAUUUGGGUUUGAGAAAGUUGAAGCUCCAAGAUUUGAAUUUGAUGUGAUAUGGUUGAAGCUGGCACCAUCUUUCUAUCUUCACCUUAUCGAGAGAGACCCGACUACGAAGCUUCCCGAAGGUCCAUGGAGUGCCACGUCAGCCAUCGCCGACCCGAAAAAUCUGCCCAGAGGUCACCAUGUCUGCUUCACCAUCUCCAAUUUCGAUUCUUUUGUUCAGAAACUCAAGGAGAAAGGAAUUGAAGUUCACGAGAGGACUCAACCAGAUGGCAAAACC